UACAAGGUUAGUGAGUCCACCGUCUGCAGGAAGUGGAUAAAUGUGCUCCAGAUGGCGCCAGCGGGCACUAAGACACUGCUGGUGAUAACAGUGGCGUUGGUGAUGCUAUGGACUCACGUCGCUGCUGUCACCACCACCUCCAACCCCUCCACCCCCUCCACCAUCGCCACACCGUCAGAGGAGCGUGUGGGGGAGCAGAGAAGGGCGGAGAGACUGCUUGCUUUCUACACGACCACCUCAGUGAAGCUUCUGGCCACGACAACCAUCAGUGUGCCCUUCACUUGCCUCUCCACUAACCCUGGCUCCGAACCUUGUAAUGGCCGGAGGAAGAGAGCCCUGUGGAAUGACAUGGAAGUUCUGCAGGAGAUCUCUGACGUUGACCCGCUGGAUGGGAGCGAGGGAGGACAGUCUGCGAUGGAGGAGGAAGUUGGAGAGAGGGAGGGCAGGAGGCUAACUAUCUGGUCCACUGUGCAAUCCACUCUCACGCUCACCUCCACCUCCUACCUCGCCGGCACCACCAUCACCGCCACCGCCUUCUGCCUCACUGCCGGCAUCGCCCAGGGCUGUUUUGGUUAAUUAUGUUGCUAAUCUCCUCUUCUUCCUUCCCCUUCUUCUUCCUUCGUCUCUUUCAUUUUCUUCUUUUAUCACUGUUUUCCUGUUCUCUUUAAUUGAGUUACGUUUUUUUCUUUCCUCUUUCUUUUCUUUGUAGUUCUCCUCCUCUUCUUCCUCUUCUUUUUUUCUUCCUCUUCUUCAUUUUCUUCUUUUAUCUGUUUUCCUAUCCUCCUUAUUGCUGUUAGGUUUCAUUUUUUCUCUUCUUCCUUUUUUUAGUGGUUCUCUUCUUCUUCUUCUUCUUCUUUUUUCUUCUUCUUCUGCUUAUCAUUGUUUUCCUAGCUUCAUUAUAGUGGUUAGGAACAUUUUUCUUCUUUUCUUCUUAGUUAUCUUCGCAUGUUCCUCUUUUCCUCCUCCUCCUCCUCCUCCUCCUCCUCCUCCUCCUCCUCCUUCCUCCUCCCUUCCUAUCCUCACUAUGGCUUAAUUACUUCGUUUUGUUCUCAUUCUAUUCCUUUUUAAUUUAUUUAUAUAUUUAUUUAUUUAUUCUCUUUCACCCUCCUGCUAUUGUUCCUCUUCCUCCUCCUCCUCCUCCUCCUCCUCCUCCUCCUCCUCCUCCUCCUCCUCCUCUUCUUCCUCCUCUUCGCUUUUCACUUCACAUUUUGUCCUGUUCAUUGUUGUUGUUAUUGUUUGUUCUUUUAAUCAACGUUUAUUCAUUUGUUUGAUCGCAUU